GGCGAUUUUGAUUUGCUUUUUGCUCUGGUUUCUUGUUCGGCUUGGCUGGCUGUUCGAAGAAGAAAGGAGGGAGAGGAAGGCGAUAACAAUGGAGAAGUACUUUGGAAAUGCGUAUCGGGGCGACCCCGGAGUGCCGCACGCGGACCCGGACAGGUUCUUCAACAUAUGGAUUGGGUCGGCUGCUUUCUCUGCUCUCACCUGGGUCAAUCCCUACAUGUGGCAUCUCACUAACCAGUUCAACAGUUGGCACGACAAGGCAUUCUUAUUUGAGCAGUAUCACUGGAAGAAAGCUAGGGCCAAGAAUCAGCCCUACAAAUUUAAGUGGAACGAGUACAUGGACAAGGACCACCGAGAUUCGUAUUAUUACAACUGGCCGUACUACUUCCCUUAGGCUCUGCCUCUCUUGUUUCGAUCAUUGUGGCGAAUGGACAAUUGGGGUUGUAGCUAGUAGAUGCAGCCUUCGUUUUGCGAUGCUUGUUAUUGUGAAUUUGAACACCUUGAAUAUAGUAGCUUCCUAGCUGGAGCUUUACUCUUUCGUCCAUUGUUCAUCGCUCAUCAUAAACUU